GAACGUCGUCGAAGAAAGCGACAGCCAACCAGUCCAUUCCCUCCGUCGAUUGCAGGACGCCCAGUGCCUAUCUUUCGUGCAGGCACCCUGAUAAUAAAUAAACUUCCGAUACAAGCUACGGCAUCUCUGUGGUCGAUCUGUCUGCCAGCACUCGUGUUAUAGGGGCACCGGCUAUUCCCCAGGUCUCCUGACACCUACCCAUCCCUCACUCGAAUCCCUCAUCAACCCAACCUCGCCAGACCAUGUACCCGGCAAAGCUUUUUCAUCUACUUCUGGUGGCCAUCGGCUUCAUCGCCGCCACUCAGGCUGCGUACCGCAACGAUGCCAGGCUAGAACAACGAAUGAGCCUCCGUCUACGACAAAACGACGACGCAUCACCCCCUGCAUCAGAUGACGCUCCUCCGCCUACGCCCUCCGAUCCUGGCGACGAUCCUGCUCCCACCAGCGAGACGGAGCCCCCCCCCACCACCACCACCACCACCACCACUGAGCCUACCACUCGGCCGACAUCUCCCACGACGCCCCCUGCCACAAGCGACGAGCCGACCUCCGCGAGUGAGCCCGAUGACGAGCCAACUCCCUCCCCCGAGCCUUCCGCGCCCCCAACUCGGACCACUACCACCACGUCCACCACAAGCACCCCUGCCUCGGGCGAUGACGACGACGAUGAUGACGACGACGACCAACAGACUCCCACCUCGCGGACGUCGCCGACAUCAACGGCCGAGCCGGUCACAUCGAUCAUCACCACGAUCAUCUAUACCACCGACACCGACGGUGUGCCGACCUCCAUUACGUCCGAAAUUGUGACCACCAACACGCCCGCCGACCUCGUGGGCGGCGAGUCCGGCGACAGCAACGACGGCAUGCCGACCAGGGACCGCAACAUCCUGAUCGGCGUCCUGGUCGGCGUGGGCGGAGCUGUCAUCCUCGGUGCCCUGGCCUUCGUCGGCUGGCGUCUUUGGGGCCGCAAGAAGCGCAACGACGACAACGAUCAGCUCAUGGACUACACCACGGCUGGCACAAGCGCUUUUAACAGCGAUCCCAAGAGUGAUGCCGUGUCCGGGUCGACCGCCGCCCCGGCUGCCGGGCCCGGCCGCACCCCGUUCCAGACAACGCUCGAGAACUAUCACCAGCCGAGCCAAGUCAAUGCCUCUUCUAACUUUUAAAGAAAGCGUUGCUCCCUAGGAACAGCGGGGCUUGGAGAGGCAGAGUGGCGAGGGGUGGUUUGAACAAGGGAUGGGCGUUCUCUGUUUUCUCUCUCGGUGAUACGCAUCCCCGACAACAUGUGGGAGUUGUGGACCGUACCGACAUUUCCUUUUCUCUU